AUGGAUCCAGCUGCCUCCAGCGGCACGACAUCGGCAGUGGUGACGCGCUUCGUGGCGUCAGCUACCCCGCGCGACCACUGCCGUCUUCGAAGUAUUUUUCGAUGUUCCGUCCCGCCGCCGAAGCGUCCGUCAGCGAGUGCAGAAACUCAUCAUGGAAACAACUUCCGCUUCGAAGUAGCGAUUCCGUCCAAGAAAUCCGAUCCUAGCACAUAUGUAGAGGUUCCCGAUCAAUCCGCUCCACAGCCAGCUACCGUCAACCCAUCCGACGUCACGAGAGUUGUCACCCCGACCCAGACUGUAUUUACUACCGACUAUCGUUAUCGCAUCAUUUCCGGCGUCUCCCCAAGCCAAGCGUCCACAAAACCCUCCCAUAUGAUCGCGCAUCCUGUGAUCGCAAACGUCGUCUCCUUUGACACCCACUUCGUCCGACAAGACGGCUUCGCCUCUGAAAAGACAGCAAGCGAGCGCUUCUUCGACGUCAUCAGAUAG